CUCCAUUCAAGAUAACGGCGCCCAGCGAGUGAUCGCGUUAGAUGUCGCCAGUAUAACUUGUAACUGGAACCAGGAACAGACUAUGGAGAGGAUGAUUUACAAGCGCUUCAGUUUGGUGGUUCUUUUGACGGUCCUGCAGAGUGGCAUGGGUGAAGACUCCUUGGUGGCUCUGGCAUAUAAAGGCAAAGACUCGUACAUAAGGUACAUAGCCGGAGAAACCGGGGGCCUGGUGGAGAUACAGAAUCCACACUUCGCCUACAGAAAAUCCAGUGUAUUGGGUCCCUUCGAAGGAGAUUCAGACAGUGUAAGCGAUAGGAUGCAAAUAACGAGAGCUAUAGAAAAUAAAACUGUCGUUAUUAGAGCAAGUGACGACGCUGUAACCGUUGUGGUAGAAGCUGACUGUGUAUUCUCUCCUCUCCCAAUAUCUGACCUUGGGACCAAGUACAUUGUACCUUCCAGUCUUGCACCUAACAGUAAUUAUCAAUCCUUGCUGCUGAUAGCUGCACACAACAUGAGCACCAAUGUUGAUAUAUCCUUUCGAAUGAAAAAAGGAAGUGUUAACUUUGUCAAUAACGAAUACAGUGACGGCGAUACUCUGUCUCAUAAACUUGACCCAUAUCAAACGUUGAUGAUGUACACCCCACAUGAUCUGAAUGGAACGGUCAUUAACAGUGAACACAGUGUUGCCGUCUACAGUGGUAUAGACUAUGCCUGGAAUUACACUGUGUAUGACCAGCUACUGCCAGUCAAGCACCACGGACAGGAGUAUGUUGUUACUGUAGAUGACACCAAGCUGGAGCUGCAGAUCAUCAGUGAACACAGCCACGUGCACAUCACGUUCAGUACCGGGGCCACAGUCUCUACUGGUGAGCGUCGUCUCUACACCCGCUCAAUUGAACAGGGAGAGAGUCUUCAUUUCACCACCACACGCCCGGUACUGGUGACACUCAGUAGAGCGGAUGGUUACAGCAGUGCCUUCACAACUGUACCACCUAUACACUCUUACGUCAAACAGAGAGGUUACUGGCCUCACUCUUACGCUACACGGAGGGGUUACUGGUCUCACUCUUACGCUACACGGAGGGGUUACUGGUCUCAAGAAAACAAUCUAAAUACAACAUUAAAGAUAAUAACUGAGAGAUCAGCGACUGUGCUUUUUAAAAACGAACGACCGUACAACCGUCUGACAUGGGUUGAUAUUCCAGGCAGCAGAUACAAAGUUGGCACACUGGUACAGCAAGAACGAAAAACAUUUCGUCCUACGAUCAUUUCUAGUGACCUCCCCUUCACAGCUCUGUCAUUCUAUAACGGAUCGGUCUAUAAUAUCGGCUACCGUGUGUCUGCAGUACAUGAUUUAGAUCGAAGUUACUUGAUGGCACUGCCAGGAAACACUGGCCACACACACCACCACCAUAUCCCCCGGAUACUCGCCAGUGCAGGGAACACAGGAGGCCAGUGGCAGGUACAGGAUCCCAUCUCCGGGCGCGUCUGGUCUCGAAACUUCAAUCCUUACAACACAGACUACUUUUACCAAAUAUCCAAUAGUGUAAUGCUUUUCCUUGUGCAUGUGAGAGAUGGUGCUAUUCAUAUCAGAGGGGGAAUGAACUUUUACACUUCAUUCUCUGCCCUUCCUGUGUCCGCACUAGGCACCAAGUACAUCAUGUCUUCCUGUCUUCCUCCUACUGGCAACAUAUACGAGUACACCUACCUAUCAGUUUUAGUGAUAGCCACUCACAGCAGGAAGGCGGAUGUUGACAUCAUCUUCAGACUGGAGGGCCACGUCACCUAUGACGGCAGAACGUACAGCGACGGUGACACCCUCAGUAUGAGAUUAGAUAGAUAUCAGACUUUCUCCAUAAACAGUUCAUCUGAUAUGACCAGAACUAUCGUUAAUGCCUCGGAAACAAUAGCCGUCUAUAGUGGAACAUACGUUAUGAUCCGAAGUGUCUUUGAAACCUACGCGCAAUUAUUGCCUUUGAAAUAUUAUGGCAGUGAGUAUGUUCUUGCGAUCAAUGAUUCUGACGACAAGCGACAAGGGUUGUCAUACCAACUUCAAGUUCUUACAGACCACAGUGACACGAGCAUCAUGUUUAAUAACGGUUCCUUGGUCUCAAUGGGUAAAGAUGGACUGUAUCGUAAACAAUGUGGAAGUUUCGACACUUUCUACUUCAACACCACAAGACCAGCCAUGGCCACAUUGUGUGCUGCUGGAACGCAUUACUAUACUGAUGGGUUAAUUGUAGUACCACCAGUAACCCUCUACUCUACGCAAACAACACAACAAGUCCCAGGCGUCAUGCAAAUAUUGACAUAUCAAGAAAACAAUAAUUUUCAAGAAACCCACAAGGUUCACUCUACAGUUUCCAGUCCUCCAAUAACAUGGAAGAAAGUGUCAGGUACAAGAUUCAAAGUGGGAACAUUAUCAGGUGGUUCAUACACAACAACUAUCCGUUCUAAUUAUUCUUUUGCUGUCCUUGGAUAUCAUCACUUUACUAUAUACAACGGAGGAUACAAUUUUAGGACAUAUCUUGAUGCAGAGACCUCUACACCAGAUGGAAGUGGAAACAAUUUAAAUACAAGUGUUGCUUUUCAAGCGACCUCUACGCCCAAUGAAAGUGGAAACAAGUUAAAUACAGGAGGUUCCUUACAAGCAGACGGUUCGAACAACGCAGCACUGAUCGUGGGGAUAAUCUUAGGGAUCGUUAUUGUGGCUCUCCUGGUCGCCUUUAUGUCAUAUGUAUUCUACAUCCGCAAGAACACAGUUAAGAGAGUUGCAGAACAAGGCGCCGAUGCUCCCUCGACCUCCAACAUCUACACGGUGCCUGACAGUGUCGCUGAAGGUGCAGCAGGUGAGGCCACCUACACGGAGCUGACAACUAACUUCACACCUGUCGACGUCAGCAUCGCUGACAGUUCUGCCACAUAUGUCAAUUUCGAAGGUGGAAAAUAACUCGAAACAAUGCAAACAUGAAUGAGAACAGUCUGAUUUACUGUUAUCGAAACCCAUUCUGAGACAUUUAGCUGUCUUCUUGUCAAAUAUACAUUCUUUCAAACACACUGACUAAACAUUCAUGUCAUAAACACUCUAUGAUCUGUGUACAUAUGUUUUAUUUUCAUAAGAAUAUAUCUUAAGUCUUAUUCAUGUGAAUAUUCAGAGUUUAUUUAACAAUUAGGACAUGUAUCAGAAGACACAAAGAGCUUUGAUUGCAUUACAUUAAAUUUCAAAAGGUAAUUACUGUCGUAUUUAGGUGGGGAAAUUGCAUCUGCUACAGUUUGUGUAAAGUACAUAGCAUCAACCAGGACAAGAUUCACGUACAUAGCUGGCCCAAACAACUGAAAUUUAUAAAACACAGAAUGAAACAUUUCAAUGUGUUCUUUGUCUUCAAAAACAAUCCCAUUUAACUAAUAUGUUUUGAGAACUGUCAGACGGGGGAGUAUUUAUUGAACGGGUUCCAGACCCAAUGUGGUUUUAUUUAUAUCAUCAUGUAAAGUAGGACCAUUCACAAAACCGCUACAACUUGUUGAAGAUGGAAAUGGUUUCUUCGUUUCUAUUUACGAGUUGAUUAAAUCGGAAUCUAUGAAAGGCUGCUUUCACUCACCAUAAUUAACCAAAAUUGCUUUGUGCAUCCCCGACCUCUACUCAUUGGAAAAGGAAGAAUGAAUUUUGGAAACAAGAUUUGUGAAGCCUCAUUUUAGGGUUAAGUGUACCAUUUCACGCACUGGGCUACAAUUGUGAAAUUAGGGUAUCGAUUUGACAGCAGUAGAGAUUUUAAUACUUUUUUAUUUUGGUGUAGCAAUUUUGUAUUAUAUUUGUUGUGUUGUUUUUUUAUACUUUUUAUUGUUGUUGUUUUGGGUUCGUUUUGGGAGGAUUUCUUUCCGGGGGAGAGGGGGUACAUUUUUGUACAUUUUCUUGAUAACAUACAUGUAGAUGCAGUUUAAGAACACACUAUUAAUUGUUUCAUCAUUGUGGAAGUAGUAAACUGGAUGCUUUUCACAGAUUGUUUGGUUUAGGGUUUGUUAACAAGUGUAAGCAUUCAUCCAAAUAAGUUUCAAAUGAAUGUUUAAUGUGCUGAGCAUAUUUUCACUGCUAUACAAUGACUAAAUAUUAUAUUUGUUACAUAUGUUUUUUUAAGAUAAUACAUUUUCAGCUAGUAUUUGUAAACAUAUAUUAAGAGGUUAUGUAAAAUGCUCAACAUAAGACUUUUCAGCAUGCUCAAACCGACUUGAUUACAAAACAGUUACAUAUGGCGGUACUCGAGGAAGUCUUUAUGAACUGGUCCCAUCUGUAUUAAUUGCUUUGUAGAUAUUGCAUGGUUGCGGGGAUCAUUCACGAUAAGGCUAUUUGGUGUUACGGGGCGUGCAUAAAGCAUCUCUCUUCAAAAACACAUUUCAAGUUGUUGUAGUGAGUAUCCCUGACAUCCAUUUCAAGGAAAAGCACCGCACUGGGGUUAAAUCGAUGUUAUUAUUUAGUUAUGUUUAAUUCCAGAGUUUGCAGAGUUCUAUACCCAAGCUGUGUGACUAUAUUGAUAUAAGCAGGACAGGGCAACACUAUAGCAGUCUCAAGCUAGAUUUUAUUUUUCAGUUUUCUUAAAUUGGUUACUUGAGUUACCAGUGACAGUUUGACAGUGGUUAAAUUGUGUCACAUACGGUGAUGUGGGAGGAUAGCUUUAACUGACGGUUGAAGAGGUUUAAUUCUUGACUCUUUUUGUGUAGCAACCUUUCAUUGUAUUUGACCAUGUUUCUUAUGAUUUCAUUGUUUAUUGUUUACUUAUACGAUACAACAUUUAAAAUACAUUCUAAUAAUUAUUUUUUGUUAUAUGUGUAGUUUUGUCAUUCAUCCAUACAUGCACAUCUUUAUAUCUGAUAUAUUGGUAUUUCUUUCAUUUGCGAGAGGUUUUUUUUAAAUUUAAAGACCACCCCUUAAAAAACAUUAAAUCACCCUUGAUGCUUUUGAGAGAUGAUUUUUGUUUAAGAUCUGAUGUCUUCACAUGUAUUAAAUUUCAUGAAGCUUUGUAAAGUUGUGUUUCUUUUGGAGAUUUCUCAUUGUUGUCAUUGAUUGUCAUUACCAUAAAAAAUAGCUGGAACCAUAAAUAAUUCUUAAAUGUUUCAUUUUCUUAGAUUUAGCUUAUUUCCAUCUUUCAAUAAACUUUCAAAAAAGUAUGAAGCGAC